UCCUUCAAGAUUUGACCAAAAAAUCUGUUCUUUUUCUUUUGUCUGAUGUUCUGCAGGGAUCCCGAAUAACCACCCUUUGCCGACUUCCUCUGUUCCUGUUGCUGUGGCAGCUCCUCCACGCAAUUCGCAGAUGAACUUUGCUCUUCAUUGGCCAGAGCAGGCAGUCAAAGAGGCGAUCGAGAAAGGUCGUGCCUUUAAAGUAACAUUUCGCGUGAACGCAUAUGACUGGAAAGAGGCCUUCUGUACCGUCAACGGUCUCCCGGUGGACGUUCUCAUUAGUGGAGCUGAUGCACAAAACAGAGCGAUAGAAGGUGAUGUGGUUGCUGUGAUGUUGGAUCCUGUUGUGUACUGGACCAAGUUGAGAGGAUCGAAUGAUGCUCUGAUCUUCAAGGCAUCAACCGAUUCAACUAAGAACAGGGACUCCGAGCAGGGAGAAGCUGCAAGAGCUUUGGGGCGAAUACGUGCUACGUUGAGUUGCAAUCCAUCGAAGCGACCAACUGGGAGUGUCUUGUCUAUAAUCAGAAGCUCUCCUCGUCGUGAAGCAGUGAUUGGACUUCUUGCUACGAAUCCAUGGUUUCCUGAAGGAGAAGAAUAUGAAAGAGAGUUGGAUUACAUACAACUGAUACCUACAAAUUCCAAAUUGCAAAUGAUGGUAAUCACUGUGGAAAGUCUUCCAGGUUGUGCAAAGGAAAGGCUCAUCAAUGGCGAUGUAUCAAUCGAAAGGGAAAUGGUAGCUGCUCCAAUAGAGGAGUGGAAGGAAGGGUCUGCCCCAAAGCACAUGUUAUCCGUAUGUUGGGACGAGCUGAGGAAAUUGAGCCACAGAUAAAUGCUGUAUUGUUUGAGCAUGCAAUCAGAGCUGCAGACUUCUCUCCGGAGUCUUUGUCUUGUCUUCCAGAAGCACCAUGGAAGAUCCCUACGGAGGAAUAUGAGACCAGAAAGGACCUUAGAAACACUUG